AUGCAAAUGAAAAGAAAUCUUUUUAAUUUAAUGAUAAGAAUGGUUGAUAAUACAAUUAAAAGGAAUAAAAAAACUUUUCCGGAUGAUACAAUAAAUAUUAGUGGUCUUUCUAUUCAACCAAAAAGUUUAUUUAUAUGGGAUUGUAUAAAUUUGAAAGAUAAAAAAAAAUCUAAAAUUGAUAAAGAAAAAUAUUUGGCAUUAACUUUUACGUAUCCUAUAAAAAAUGAUUCUUUUUAUUAUAAGGAUAUUCAAUUACAAAGACCUGUGAAUGAAAGUUUUGUUUCAACGAGAAAUCGUUUAAAUGCUAAAUUAAUGAAAUUAAUUAAAAAAGUUUCAAAAAAUAAUCAAGAUAAAGAAACAGUUAUAGAUUCUGAAGUUUAUUUUAAUCCAGAAAAUCAAACUAUUAUGGAUGAUGUAUGUUUAAAGAUAUUUUAA